AAAAAAAACGAAGAGGGAAAAAAUAUAAAUAAAUUUGCUAAAUGUGUUGUUGGUGAUUGAUUGACAUGGGAUGUGGUUCAUCGACUGCUCAGACCGCGCUCGAAUCCAAUAUGCCACAUAAGAACGGAGCAGAGAAGAAGUCUGAUGAUGCGAUGGAGCAAACAAAUGUGCCAGCAAUUGAUAUUCCUCCUCCGGAGGCCUUUGAAAUACCCUUUGACGAUAACGGCACGAAUGGCUUAAUUAAGAGACAUCCACCUAAACGACUACAGCGUCUUGAAGAGCAAUCAAAUAACUUGGCACCGCCAACGAUAGAGGAUCUCGAGGAAAAAUUGGCUACAGCGGAAUUGCGAAGAAAGGAGUACUUGAGUCAAAAAGUAACAAUGGCAAAACAAAUGCAAAAAACAGGAAAUGAGAACGACGACGAUGGGACGGAGGAGGAUGCAAACACAACAGACGAACCCACUAAUGAUGGAAAUUAACUACUUAUUCAUGCUGCUGCUGCUGCUCUCGAGUAUGCACAACAACAAGUAAUUUGUAUUAUAUCGCAAUUAAACACUCAAUUUCAGCUGCAAAUGAACUUGUGCGCAUUUGAAUGACUUUUCAAGUGGAUGAAAUAA